AUGGCGCAUGCCUGGCUGGACUCUCUCUCUGAGGACUGGGUUUCCGAGCCUCGCUCAGAUGCCUCAGAGGUACAGCUCCCGCCGCUGAAAGCUCCCGCCGAUGCUACGCCCAGCAAGAUUCCUCGUCGAACCGGUGCAAACCCAGUCUACUCCCCAAUUACCGGCAACAGCAGUCAUAUCCUCAACGAAAGAUCAGCCAACGAAAUAAACAUACCGCAGAACAAGCGCCCGUCAAAACUUUCGCGAGAGCUCAAUCAAGACGCAAAGGAUUCGCGCUCAGUCUCUGUCGCUACAUGCGGCUCAGUUGUGCACAAAGCAGUUGAUUUGGAGGCUGAGAAGGACUUGAACCCCGAGUGGAAACGACGCCUCAUCAAUGGCGAAGUGCAGUACGGCGAACAGCGCGACUUGUUUUGCUCCGCCGCCACAGGCCUGCAGGACAUGUUCAAGCCUCCACAGAUGGAGCCCGCAGACGCGCAAUGCGGCCAAGCAAUACCCGACCGUACAAUGCCCUCAAGUCCACCACUUUAUCAAUACGAGCCAGACGAAGAUAUCGAUCGAUUGCUAGAACUCGCAGAGCAAGACGAGCAUGAAUUUCCCGAACAAGUGACGCCUAGUCCGAGCCCAAGACGGGGAAUCCGCAGCACGCACUUCCGAUCCACAUCGAAUGGGAACAAUAGUUUUCUUCCGUCACUACCGAUGGAAAAUUAUGUCGACGAAUCACCGCUACAACAUGUUGCUGGUAUUGCUCGCACUAAGGUUGUGCUCAAUGCGCCGCAUCAUGCGCAAGGGUCUCUUCGCCAAGUGAGCGGCCAGACUGAUUUUGACAACGAGGAUUUUAGCCCCAUUAUGAUUGGCCGACAAGAUGAAGAAGAUGGCCAAGUCAAGUUUGGCUCCAUGAAUAUACCUAUUGGUGAAUUACAAUCAAAGCUGGAGCGUGUUGAAAAGAAUCAGGCCAGUGAUGCGGGGGAUACGCCACUGCACCCCGGUGCGACGGUGGACAGUGCAUCGGAGAUUGACGCGCUCGAUCGCUUUACUCGUAAUGCGGGCCAAAUCAACUUGCGCCGCGGAGGGCGCUCGGGAGAUGGCUCGUUCUACAGCAGAGCGCUGAGCCCUGAUCUUGGCGUGGACACUUCAGAGAUGCUGCCGGAAGAAUCCUUGCAAGCAAGCACGCCAAAAGAAUUUCCCACCAUCCGAACUCAAUUACCGUCACGAGGAGCUUCUCAGUCUAUGGCGAGCCCGCCACUACCCAGAGCGCCGUUUCCCAGUCCGGAUAAACGCAGUCUUAACCCAAGUGGCAGCCCGCUCAAACUUUUCGGGCCCUACGACACUUUUACGAACCAGACCCUGCUACGGCGAAUUAGCCAGUACGAGGACGUCGACUCCGCGAACUCAUCAGCACAGGGCCAGGAGCUUGUUGAUCCAGAAAAGUCUGAUGAUAUGGAUCGGAGUCGAAGAUCAGUGAGCUACUUUGGUGGUGGCCAACUAGACGACUACGAAUUCACAGCAGACAUCUCUGAGGCACAUGAUAUCUUUGAUGGCACGGACAAGGAGAACGUUUCGCCAGAGGCGCAUAUGAUUCCCAUGGGAUCUCGUCGUCGUAUAUCUUUCGGAAAUGCGUCCAAGAUACUCAUUACACGGAGGAGAGAACGUUCUGGCGUAUCAACUGACGCACUUGCGGAAGCGCAGCGCCUGGAUAUUGUUCAGGGUGCACCAGAACUGGGUGUCACCCCAGGCAGUGAUCCCGAUGCGUCGGAGAUGAAGCGCACAAGAAAUUCCCCCGUCAAGGACCCCACACCAAAGAGACGACGAACUUUACGACGCUCCGAUGCUACUUAUAACCGACAAGAGCAGUUUUCGCAGGUGGAUGCAGCUCACCAGCAAAUGCAGAACAUUAUGGGCAGGAAGCGCAAGGAUGCCCGACCUGGGCAGUUCCAAAUCGCCGAAGCCGAUGUUCUGGCAGCAAGAAAGAUUUUAAAGCCUUGUUCGCCUGCUUCGAGCCCAAAGUCGUCGCGUGAUUCUGACGACUCUCUAGUCAGGGCGAAUCAAACUGGUGUUGUGCCUACAAAGACGGAGCGCAAACCAUCAAUCAAGACACAAGACUUUGUGGAUCAAGCAGCACAAAUUAUGGCCAUGAUUCGCAACCAAGUGAAGCCGACUGGUUUGGCAAGCUUGGAAGAAUCAGAGGAAGAACACAAUACAGUUGCUGAGGGCGAAAUUGCAUCUGCUGGGGGGUCGCAGCCAGACUCCACCUACGAACCCCUGUCUCGCCCUCCGAGUCGCGAAGGAAGACAGUCACCCAACUAUCAAGAGCGGCUUAGUGACCCGGAGUUAGAGGCGCGGCUGAAGAAAUACAAGGAGAUGAGCGAUAUGGGCGAUCUCGCAACCUCCUCGAUGCGAUCUGUUGGCAUGGGGCAGGAUGAGCUGCGGGCGGCUUAUCUUGAUAUUCAUCACCAGCAGUCAACUUUCGGACGCGCCUCGGCUUCGCUACCCAUGCCCGACAAAAUUGUUAGCGACCUCGAGAACGUGCGGAUUUCUGGCCCAUUUCUGAAUUCAUCGCUACCCGCCAGUCCGAGUCGGGGUUUCCCUUCAAACUCUUCCGCUCACUCUGCCAACACCGUACCGACAACAUCUUCAACCAGCUCUGACACGAGAAGAACAAUCAUGCCUGAAAGCGUCUCACAUCUCAUCCCAGAUCGGGUGGGUAGCAUGUAUCUCGACAAGUCCCAAAAUAUUUGGAUCAAGAAGAAGGAAGCCAACCCCGAGGCUCAAAACAACAGCAUCGCAGCUACUGAUGAUAGCGAGGAAGACCCGUUUGCUAGCAUCCCUGAUCUUACUGUCGAUAUGACACAGGAAUUGCGAAGCUUAAAACGCGUUAUGGCUGACGGACAAGGUACUGGUGCCACUGGCCCACUGUCCUCUCCUCGCCCGCCACAGCUUGUACUUGUUCCGUCUUCACCUCAACAGGAGGAUGACGAUGUAGAGGAGCUGCCAAAUAUCGAGAGGCGAGAGAUCCAAGAGGCAUAUAGCUCUCGAAAUGGAACGACAAAGCGAAGAAAUAUGACCAUUUCGUUCUCAUCGCCGAUUGCGUCCAUCAUCCAAGAGGCUGUGGCUAUGGGUGCCGAGAGCUUCGGCGACGAAACGACCCCCCGUUCGAUCAACUACGACAAAAGCCCAGACCAAUCGCCACCCGACAGCUUUGCUGGCCAGAAGGCUCUGCGGCAGAUGGAUAACAAGUCCAGACCACCCACCAUGAGAUAUGUAUCACAACAAGGGCCAGAUUUUGUUCGCCGGCCGGUGUCGCCAAUCAAUGAACAAGACGAAGACGGUACUGUCGAACUGCCUGCCAACGAAGCGAACCAGCUAAGCUUUAUUGGAGAGCGGGGGCUCAUGAACUAUGGAGGACAGGAGAGUCGACAUGCAUCACUCAGCCUCAUCAUUAGCCGAACGCCAGGUAAUAAGAGCCUGACUCUUGCAGGUGAUGAGAGUGCUAUUAUUGGGCAGAACAUUGGUCAUAUGUCACUGAGCCCACUCUCCGAAUUCAACGUCACCCAAGGAGACCAGUCGUUCGGUUUUGAGGUUAGCUACGUGCUAGGCAACCGACAUUUGUCCACCGGAGAUGGUUCAAAGAAGGUCAUGUCACUGACAAUACGGGAGCUUGUUGAGCGGCUAAGUGAGGUCGAGCCAUGCGAGCCAUACUGGCAAGAUAUCGAAGAACUCAACUUGAGCGAGAAGCGACUUUCAAGCCUGCACAUGCUAGAAGAGUUUUGCGGUAAGGUGGUGACUCUUGAUGCAUCGCAAAACGCGCUUGGUCACCUGGAGGGAGUACCGUCUAGCGUGCGGCAGCUCAAGGUAUCGCAAAACAUGCUGACGGAGCUGACUUCGUGGAACCACCUGGUCAACCUGCAGUAUGUUGACAUUUCUGGCAACGAGGUCAAGAGUCUAUCGGCGCUUAGAAACCUGGUGCACCUACGAAGCAUCAAGGCGGAUAACAAUAAGCUCACGAGCUUGAGUGGGCUGGAAUCGCACCAAGGACUGCUUUCCCUGCGAGCGCGAGACAACUUGAUUGAGGAGCUGGAUUUCGAAGACAGCACCUUUGACAGGCUCACGGAGCUAGACCUCACGGGCAACAUGAUUGAAGUAGUUCGCAAUUUGCAUCUCGCCCCAUGCCUAUCGAAGCUGAAGCUUUCCAGCAACAAGCUGCAGACGUUUGAUGCGCGUCAAUCAUGCAAGACGGUCCGCCACCUCGACGUUAGCCACAAUCAACUCAGGCAUCUUGAUGUCAGCGGACUACCGAAUCUGCACACGCUGCUUGCGGACAGCAAUCAGUUACCAGACGUCACUGGAUUGCAGCGAACUAGACGAUUGGACAGCCUUUCUCUGCGAGAACAGCGAGGCCAAGAACCUCUGACUCUGGAGUUCUUGUCCGUAGGAUACGAAGUACGCAAGCUGUAUCUUUCCGGAAACUACUUAGAAUCGUUCGAGCCCAAAGUGGACCUGCUGAAUCUGCAACUGCUUGAGCUUGCCAAUUGUGGACUGACGAGCCUGCCUGAAAAUGUUGGACAGCUGAUGCCAAACUUGCGGUCGCUGAACAUCAAUUUUAACGCAAUCUCCAACGUGAAGCCUUUGGAGUAUAUUCCGCGGCUGAAGAAGUUGAUGAUGGCGGGGAACCGACUUGCGGACUCUACGUCGGUGACACAGCUUCUCAUGGAUUUUCCUCACCUAACGAGGCUGGAUACGAGAGAUAAUCCCAUGACACUCGGGUUCUACGCGCCACUACAGGCUCUGGUGAAGGCGAACGGAGAGGAGACGUCGACGCCGUUUGCGCUGCCCGACGCAGACGAAGAACGAGAUGAGCUGUACGUCAGCCGACUGGAUGAGGCCACGAAACUUCGACGAAGGUUGCACCAGGUAGUGCUGGCGGCUAGCUGCAGUCGACUGCGGAUGUUGGAUGGUCUACCGGUGCAGCGGAAGCGUGUUUUGGCCAUGGAUAGCCUCUUGGUGUCGCUGGUGGAAGAAGGCUUGGUUGAAGUACCGGAGCAAAAGGAGAAGAGUGACAAGACCCAAGAGAGUUGUGAGAAGAAGGAAGAGGAUGAGUGCGAGGAAGCGCAAAGCAGUCGAUGGAACGCGGAGGACAGCUUUGCUUAA